GUGCUUCAUUCCUCCCUUUACUUGGUCAACCCCCCCGUAUCAGUACAUCUUGGCGCUCAACAAUGGGGCCAAUAAGGGAAGAGGAAAAUAUUCCAACACAGAAUGAAAUGUAUAAUUUGAGAAGUACGAAGAAGAAACAGCUGGAAGGUGAAGAGGAGGCCGGUGCUCUACCUGAUGUUUCCAAUGAAUUGGAGGAUGUUCAACCUCAAAAAGCCAGUAAUAUGGGUGCGAUACCGAAACGGCCUACAAUGUUUGAAACUCCCAAAACGGAAAAAAGUAGGACAAAUCACCCAGGAUUCUGAGUGACAGGGGAACGCAGUUCACCUCUAGUCUCUGGAAAAAGGCCCUAGAGGAUCACAAUAUAAAGGCUGUUUACUCGUCUGUUAGACACCCCCAAGCAAACCCUUCGGAGAGAGUGAUGCGUGAGCUGGGACGAUUGUUUAGGACGUUUUGUUCUGAUAAACAUUCGAAAUGGGCUUUUGAGGUGGCUAAUGUGCAGGAUUUUCUGAACGAGAUAGUCCAUGAAUCGACUGGAUACUCUCCGAAUGAACUACAGUGUGGCACGGAACGGGUGAGAUUGUUGCCUAAAUCGUUGCAUGUCUCCGGUUGUUAUUCUAAAACUGAACCUCCUCUCGAAGUGAAACUCCGGCUUGCGGAGGCCACACUAUCGAAAAGAGCUGAAAGGAGAGCUUUGAGAAGUCCUGGGGGCAGAUUUGUAUCAUUCAUGGAGGGAGAUCUGGUCUUGCUGAAGGCGAAUAACACCUCUUCCUCAAUUAAAACUGAAAUAAAGAAAUUUUUGUUAUUGUUUGAGGGACCAUAUGUGAUAAGGGCUAAAAUUCGUGAUCACACUUACCUUCUCUGUAACCCCGAAAAUGGUUCCGAAAGAGGGAUUUUUCAUGUAUCCCAUCUUAAGCCUUAUAAUAGGUGAACUUUUGAUUCGGUUUGUUAAGUGAAUGCUGAUAGUUGACUUUUCACAUGUUGUAAUUAUUGAAUUGUUUAGAUUAUUUGUCCUCAUUUUCCUACCACUUCACUUUUACCUCUCAAGAGUUCAGGGGGCAAGUUGUGCUGAAGUCGAUUUAGGCAACACACCGUACUCAGUAACCGUAGGUGUGUUUGCCUAUAACACCGCCUGGUUUGAAUAUUGUUUACCGGUUUUUUACUGAGUUUUCUUUUAACGUGUGAUUCGAUUCUUUA